AUGGACGAUGAUCUUACUGCUGUGGUCAUCGACAAUGGCUCUGGCGUGUGCAAGGCAGGAUUUGCCGGUGAUGAUUCCCCUUCAAUCGUUUUUCCAUCCGUCGUUGGUCGUCCCCGCUACUGUAUAGCAAUGGCUGGCUCCAACAUGAAGGACUCUUACGUUGGUGACGAAGCUCAAUCCAAACGUGGUAUGCUCACGUUAAGGUACCCCAUCGAGCACGGCAUUGUCACAAACUGGGACGACAUGGAAAAGAUCUGGCAGCACACCUUCUAUAACGAACUACGCAUACCACCAGAAGAGCAUCCCGUUCUUCUUACAGAGGCACCUCUUAACCCCCAAAGCUAACCGCGAGAAGAUGGCGCAAGUAAUGUUCGAGACUUUCAAUGCGCCGGCGUUCUAUGUCGCCAUUCAAGCUGUUCUCGCUCUCUAUGCCUCAGGCAGAACCACCGGUAUUGUGUUGGAAUCCGGCGAUGGUGUCACUCACACCGUUCCCAUUUACGAAGGCUUCGCUCUCCCACAUGCAAUUCAGAGAAUCGAUUUCGCUGGUCGAGAUCUCACUGAGUACAUGACCAAGAUUUUGCUGGAACGUGGAUACCCAUUUGUCACGACGGCUGAGCGAGAAGUUGUGCGGGACAUCAAGGAGCAGUUAUGUUAUGUCGCGCUUGACUUUGAGCAGGAGCUCAAGAUUGCUGCUGAGUCAUCUUCGAUCGAGAAAAACUACGAAUUGCCUGACGGUCAAAUUAUCACCAUCGGGAAUGAGAGAUUCCGCACCCCAGAGGCUCUAUUUCGGCCUUCUUUACUAGGACAAGAAACUGCUGGUUUACACGAGACACUCUACACCUCGAUUCAUAAAUGCGAUCUUGAUGUGCGCCGUGACCUUUACAACAACGUUGUCCUAUCUGGUGGGACCACCAUGUACCCUGGUAUCGCCGAUCGCAUCCAGAAGGAGCUCACAGCGCUCGCACCCUCCAGCAGUAUGGUUCUUCUGAACUCAUUUGACUGUAGUGCCCCUGAACGCAAAAAAUCCGUCUGGAUUGGAGGGUCGAUUUUAGCCUCUCUUGGCACGUUCUGGAGCAUGUGGUGCUCUAAACAAGAAUACGACGAGUCAGGUCCUGGCAUCGUUCACCGCUCACAUUUUGA